AGCGCGUAGCCGGAAGCGGGGGCGCGGAGGCGGGUCUGAGGUUUGGUGGGUGCGGGGCAGGCCGCGGGCAGCUGCCUGUCUGGCUCCUUUUGACAGCCGCCAGUGCGAAAGGCUGCCAGCAUGUCAUCAGUGAGCCCCAUCCAGAUCCCCAGCCGCCUCCCGCUGCUGCUUACCCACGAGGGCGUCCUGCUGCCCGGCUCCACCAUGCGCACCAGCGUGGACUCGGCCCGCAACCUGCAGCUGGUGCGGAGCCGCCUUCUGAAGGGCACGUCGCUGCAAAGCACCAUCCUGGGCGUCAUCCCCAACACGCCUGACCCCGCCAGCGACGCGCAGGACCUGCCGCCGCUGCACAGGAUUGGCACAGCUGCACUGGCCGUUCAGGUUGUGGGCAGCAACUGGCCCAAGCCCCACUACACUCUGUUGAUUACAGGCGUGUGCCGUUUCCAGAUUGUACAGGUCUUAAAAGAGAAGCCAUAUCCCAUUGCUGAAGUGGAGCAGUUGGACCGACUUGAGGAGUUUCCCAACACCUGUAAAAUGAGGGAGGAGCUAGGAGAACUAUCAGAGCAGUUUUACAAAUAUGCAGUACAAUUGGUUGAAAUGUUGGAUAUGUCUGUCCCUGCAGUUGCUAAAUUGAGACGUCUUUUAGAUAGUCUUCCAAGGGAAGCUUUACCAGACAUCUUGACAUCAAUUAUCCGAACAAGCAACAAAGAGAAACUCCAGAUUUUAGAUGCUGUGAGCCUAGAGGAGCGGUUCAAGAUGACUAUACCACUGCUUGUCAGACAAAUUGAAGGCCUGAAAUUGCUUCAAAAAACCAGAAAACCCAAGCAAGAUGAUGAUAAGAGGGUUAUAGCAAUACGCCCUAUUAGGAGAAUUACACAUAUCUCAGGUACUUUAGAAGAUGAAGAUGAAGAUAAUGAUGACAUUGUCAUGCUAGAGAAAAAAAUACGAACAUCUAGUAUGCCAGAGCAGGCCCAUAAAGUCUGUGUCAAAGAGAUAAAGAGACUCAAAAAAAUGCCUCAGUCAAUGCCAGAAUAUGCUCUGACUAGAAAUGAUUUGGAACCUAUGGUAGAACUUCCUUGGAACAAAAGUACAACUGAUGAUGAUGUUUUAGCUGGCCCUGGGGCAGCCAUUUCAGUGUGUAUAAAGGUGGUUGCGUUGGGUAGGGGGAUGCUCAGAAAAAUCAUGGAAAGCAUGGGAAUUCAUAGGGUACUUCGGACAUUUUGGAAUCUUGAAGAGCGCACCUAUGUUGGCAGCAUGCCUGGUCGCAUCAUCAACGGCUUGAAGACUGUGGGAGUGAACAACCCAGUGUUCCUGUUAGAUGAGGUUGACAAACUGGGAAAAAGUCUACAGGGUGAUCCAGCAGCAGCUCUGCUUGAGGUAUUCUAUCACACUGUUUUUAAAACCUCCUUCUCAGGGUAUGCACAGGAGGAGAAGAUAGAGAUUGCCCAUAGGCACUUGAUCCCCAAGCAGCUGGAACAACAUGGGCUGACUCCUCAGCAGAUUCAGAUACCCCAGGUCACCACUCUUGAUAUCAUCACCAGGUAUACCAGAGAGACAGGGGUUCGUUCUCUGGAUAUAAAACUUGGGGCCAUUUGCCGAGCUGUGGCCAUGAAGGUGGCAGAAGGACAGCAUAAGGAAGCCAAGUUGGACCGUUCUGAUGUGACUGAGAGAGAAGGGACUGUUGACAUUCAGGGAUGUGGCCGUAGAAUUCUCUUUGGAGGAGUGGGAACACCUGGAACCAGCUCAGAAGAAUUUGUUUCAGGAUGUGAUGUUAGAAAACUACAGAAACCUGGUCUCUCUGGGUCUUGUUGUCUCUAAGCCGGACCUGAUCACCGUUUUGGAGCAAAGGAAAGAGCCUUGGAAUGUGAAGAGUGAGGAGACAGUAGCCAUCCAGCCAGGACUGCUCUGCAUUUGGCCUGUGCCAAUGGCCAUCCAGAAGUGGUAGCUCUUCUGGUAGACAGAGGAUGUCAACUUGAUGUCUUUGAC